AUGGAGCGUGCAGCCCUCGGCGCGCUUGUAGUGCUGACGUGUCUCGCAGUGUCACGCGUUGACUGCGUUCCCCUCGCCAAUUUCCAGGCUCAAGUCCUGCUGGACUCUCAGAAGGCGUGGAACACAACGAUCGAUGGCUGGGUGGUUGGUGGGGACUGCAGCAAGGCGAAGAAUGUCACGUGCGAUGCCAAGGGCAUGAUAACAGCCAUAAACAUGGAGAACAACAGCUUCAUUGGCUCCAUUCCCGACUCCAUCAGCAACCUUGCGAAUCUCAAUACCUUGGUCCUGGCAUACAGCAUGCUGACCGGCAACCUUACUGAGUCCAUUGGCAAGCUGCCGAAUCUUCUCCACUUGGACCUUUACUCCAACAACUUGACUGGCGUCAUUCCCACGUCCAUUACCAACCUCGCAAAUCUUAAUCACUUAGAUCUGGCGAGCAACUUGUUGACUGGCAUCGUUCCGGGCUCCAUUAGCAACCUCGCAAAUCUUACUUACUUCGAUCUGAACCACAACAAGUUGAUCGGCACCAUUCCUGAGUGGAUUACCACCCUUGCAAAACUCAAUAACUUCGACCUGAGCUACAACAUGUUGACCAGCAUCAUUCCCAAGUCCAUUGGCGGCCUUGCAAAGCUUACUAAGCUAAACGUGGCCCACAACAUGCUGACCGGCGCCAUGCCUGCGUCCAUUGGCAACCUUGCAAGUCUUCAGUACUUGCAGCUUAGUUACAACAGCCUCAAUGGCACAAUUCCCGAAUCCAUUGGGAGGCUUUCGAGCCUUACGAACAUCUGGCUUCUCCAUAACAACCUGAGCGGCUCGAUACCAGCGGCCGUGAGCAAACUCCAAUCUGUGGCCAUCUUCAACUUGGGCUACAACAGCCUGACGGGCUCAAUCCCCGACGCCAUCUCCACACUUACGAAUAUUGCUAGCCUAGGCCUUGGUGACAACAGCCUGACUGGACCAAUUCCUGACUCCAUUUCCCAGCUUUCAAACCUGAUUGACCUGCGUCUUGGUGGAAACGACUUGUCCGGAUCGAUACCUGCUGCAAUUGGCGACCUCACGCUUCUGACAGCUCUGAACCUUUCAUCAGACUCACUGUCUGGCUCCGUGCCAUCGUUUUCGCGUCUCACUAAUCUAAACUACUUGGACCUUUCCAACAACGUCCUCACAGGCAGCAUCCCAGAGCUUAUUAACAACCUCGGCCAGCUUUCUUCCUUGAAUCUGAAUGGGAGUGGCCUCACCUGCCCUGCUGACUACUCUCCAUGUGUGACGGCGCAGCAGCAGCUCCAAAGCAUCCUCUGCCUCCAGUGCUCCUCCUUCUGCUCCACCUGCGGCAAGCCAGCACCUCGUGAGCCGAAACGAUUUGCUCAGCCAUCCCCUUUCAUGCUUUGUAUCUGUCCCACAAAAGCUUUCCUUGGAGUCUCACCGUUCAGGCUCACUCCACUCCUCAAGACCCCUUCUCCGUUCAGCUCUGCUGCUGCUUUUCUUGAAUCGCAGAGUCUAUUUUUAACUUGA